AUGCGCCAAUAUUUCAUUGCAGCCCUCGUCGUUGCUAUAUUCGUCACGGCUGUGUUGUAUCUGGCCCCGGCCACCACCUACAGCACCUUUUCAAGGAUUUGCACAAGUGAUGGGCCAUUCGGCGGCACGACAUGGGAGGCGAUAUUCGAAAAAUAUAGACGUUGCAUGCAGACACACCCAAACUUGACGACCCCGGAAUUGACGUGGGACCGGGGACCCGAGCUCGCCAUCCGCGACUGCUACAAAUUCGGGCCACGCGUUAUCGCCGUUGCCAAUAAGGACGAGCUGAAACAGGUGAUGCUGCCAAACGAUAUGCUGGCAACUUGCAAAUUCGCUACGUUCGGCAUUGGGAAGGACGCGACAGCUGAGGAGAAAAUUAAGAAAAUGCUGCCGAACUGCGAAUUCUACGGGGCGGACCCAGUGGAAGAUGGGAACAAAGCUGAAUAUGAGAAGGUGGGUUCCUUCCACAAGCUCGCGAUUUCCGGUGGCGACAUGGCAGAGUCGAGCAUUUUGACAAAAGCCGGAUAUCAAGCGCGGCAAAAGAUGCCCGCAAUGCCGCUGUAUCGAUUUUUUGACGAGAUUGUUAAAAGCAAACUCAUUGACUACCUCUUCAUCGACGUGGAAUGGGCCGAGUAUGAUCUGUUCAAGUUCCUGCAAGCCGAGAAGGCAGCCGGGAGCGGCCUUACCUUUUGCCAGGUGAACCUGGAGGUGCACGCGGCGCAGGGCAAUACCCAUAAGACACAGUUCAGGCAGUUUGUGCAGCAACUGCUUCGGGAAAACCAUUAUGCGCUGGCGCACGACGAGAUGGCCGCCGGGCACCAUCGGCUGUUCUUCUUCAACCAGAAGGCCGAGGAGUGCCGCAGAAAAUAUUUGCCAUUUUCU